AUGCACAAAGGCUAUCAUAGGCACCGCCUCCUUCAUGCGGCAUCCAUGUCGAGGGAGCAGUUCUUGCCAGGGCUUGCCCCCUCACUCGCCCAUCAAGCAAAGACGACUGACGACUUGCAGCAGUCUGUGCCCAAGCCAACACCAUCUGGAUCUGGAGACGCGCACGUUCGCGUCGCCCGGCCACCGUUGAUCCCGACCUUCGCUACAUGUGGGUCUCGACCAUUUGGCGAGGCCAUUUUGGUGUGCUGCGACGUUGAUUCUUCGACGGCCAGUCAGAACCCAGAGAACGGCUCCCGUCGCGCGGCCGUUUGCGGCACCUUCCCAGGUCAGUGGGGUCCGAGAUGA